AUGAGGGAGUGGAAUCAGAGGAAGGCGAAGGCUAGUGGGGAGAUUUGGUUGUUGGUUGAGGAGAACCAAAAGGCGCAUAUCAGGAAGGAGAAGGGAGAUCCGAAGGCGAUGUGGGAGAAGUUGGAGAGUGUCUUUGUGCAGAAGAAGACUGGUACGCGAUUCGACGCUUAUUCCGAACUCUUCUCCACUCGUCUCCAAGAGGGAGAGUCCCUCUCCGACCUCGUUGCUCGCGUCGACCUCUACAUCUCCCAUAUCAAAGAGCGCCGCCCCGCCAAGUUCUCCCUUGAUGACCUCGACUCCGAAUUAUGGUCCAUG